AUGAAAAUUUGGGGCCUGGCUCUUCUGAGUCAGCUCGCCACGGCCUACCGAGGAGGAGAUGUACUUCACGAAAGUUUCAAAGCAUGUCCCAAGCUGGAAGUAUGCUGGAGGCCUUACUUGGAAGCGAGGAGAUCACCUCUGUGGUCGGAGAAGCUAAGAUUUUUCCGCUGCGGGCAGUUAGAGUCGUACUGGAACUGCGCGGAGCCAUUCCUAAACGAAGACAAAAAAUACGCAGACAUCAGUCUAAGGCUCAUCAAAAAAGUCCAUGACGAAUGCGAGGAUGGCGACGAGACGGAAAUCGACCUGACGGCAGUUGUUCAACUCGAUCAUUCUAAAGCUGUCGAGAUGAUAGCCGGUAAUGACGACUUCCCUACAUUCCGAUUCAAGCCUGGUCAUAAUCAAGCUCUGCCUGCAAUUCAAGUAUUUCCCCGACAACUCUACGAGGAUUUCACCAUUCUUGCAAACAUCAGACCCGACUACAAUGGAGGAGUUCUCUUUGCUAUCACAGACGCUUACAGAAGAAUCACUUUCUUUGGACUCGAGCUUAGGGCCGAAGCAGAUGGACAGAUUCAAGUGAAUGUCUACUGGACCGAUGAAGAUCAAGAGCAAACGCAACUUGGACAAGUUUGGGACUUCAAUCAAAAGUCAAGCCAGAGCAAAUGGCUCAAAUUCGCCAUUACUGUUAGUGGUCAGACUGCCAUGCUUCACACUGGAUGCAACAUGGGCAUGACGAAAUCGCUCCAACGAAGCGAGCCAAAGCUCAACAUCAAAGCCAACUAUAAUUUCUACCUUGCCAAGGGCGACAAUUACAUGCGCCACUACAUUGGUGACAUUCAGGAACUCCGAAUUGUCGAAGGCACCGAAGCUGCCGACGAGUACUUUUGCGAUGAAGUCGGCACUCGCAGCAACCUUCCAAACUCUCUUGCCGACGAGCCCGAAGCGUCUGGCGAUGACUUUUCUGAUCUCAUUUCUGAUGAUGAAGAAGUCGGGGGUUAUUCAUUCGUUUUCGGCUCACCGCCGAGAGUUCCUAACGACCCGUCUCGCUUUAUUUUCUACGACGAGGUUGACGGUUCCGGGGAUGGAGCCGCUCCCGGCCAAGUUGUCGAUUGGGACGAUGAGGACUUGUUUUUCUCGAUGAGGAACACAUCGAUCCCUAACAUUGUCAUUCCGGUUAUUGAUCAGUAUUGGGAGGAGUCGAUUGGAAUGCCGACUGAUUCCUCCUCUUCUGUAUCAGAUCCAUUUGCUGAUCCUUUCUUCACAGACAAUUCGCUUCUCCCGCCGGACUCUGAGUCUCUUUUCGUCGACGAAGCUGCCCUGAUGAACAACCUGAUCAGUCCAGACCUGGUCACUCCUGUUCCCGAAACCACCACUCAUCAAGAGCCAAAAGCCAUGCACAGUGAAAAUGGAUGCGAAAAAUUAAAAACAAAUGACGGCGAAUGGCACUUUUCCAAGAUCCUCGUAUGCAAAUACGCGCCGACUGGCGGCGAAAUCGGCCGCCCAUACUUUCAAGGGGAAAGUUGCUCGCAAUGUCGGCCACGUGAGCGGUGCCUCUUCGGCUUAUGCAUCCAUCCCGACGACGCAGCGCAGCUUGAAAUGAUGAUGAUGCUCGAUUCUAGCAGUAAUUACUCGCGCGACCAUUCUACAGCUGCCAAACGACCUGCGAGGACUGACACAAACGCCGUUGCCUACGUAGAUGGAGAAGAAAACCGAGCGUUAGAUACGAGAAUGAUCAGCGAGGCUCAAAUCGAAAUUGAAAAGUCUGACAAGGAGUUUUUCGAUACCUACAGAUUCGAUGACUAUGAAACUGGAGAUUAUGAAGUUCUCACGAUUCCGGAAAUUUCCGCAUUCACUGGAUUGGACUACGACGAGUCCUUGUAUGCAAACGAAACAGACAACUACGAUUAUUACGAGGACUAUGACAGCGGCGAUCUUAUCCCUCCAACGCCAAUGACAGUGCCUGAGUUUUUAGACCAGGAAAACGAUAUUGCCCCCGGUAUGCCCGGACCUGCUGGACCACAGGGUGAAAGAGGGCCUGAAGGACCAAGAGGAGCUGAUGGAAAGGAUGGUGAACGAGGACCGGCUGGAGCCUAUGGCCUCCCGGGCAAAGACGGAGCUGAUGGAAAGGACGGCAUCAAUGGAUCUAAUGGAGAACCAGGACAACGAGGGCCCGCUGGUGAGCGUGGACCCGAAGGACCUACUGGGCCUGCUGGACCAGUCGGACCAGCUGGACAAGAUGGAUCUCAAGGUCCUCAAGGUCCUCAAGGAGAAAGAGGUGAAAAGGGCGACCGCGGUGAUCCUGGCAAAGAUGGCAUGCACCCUAACGAAUUCUGGGACUCUUGGAGAGACUUGACUGACGAUUUCCCCGACUACCCAGACUCAUUCAAGGACCGCUUCGAAGAGGGAAGUGGCCUGGGACCCUUUGAUGCUACUCAAACUGGACCUGUCGGACCACAAGGACCCGCUGGCCCGCCUGGACCUCCCGGACCUCCUGGACCACCUGGACCUGGUAGCGCAGAGUUUCGAACAGACAGUGGCUCCCCAAUGCUUGGACCAGUUGGACCUCCUGGACCCAAAGGAAACAAAGGCGAUAAAGGAGAUAUGGGAGAAAGAGGACACGAAGGUCCUGUUGGCCCCAUGGGUCCUGCUGGUGAAGUUGGUGCCCCCGGUUUCUGUACUGUGAUUCCUCUUGAUGCCAAUGGUGUCGAUAUCGCCGCAUCUUAUCGAGGAACGCGCCCAUCGAAUAUUGCUGAUGUUCCAGAAUGUCCACAAGGAGCUCAAGGUGAACCUGGCGUUGCUGGACCCCAAGGACCACAAGGACCUGCCGGACAACGCGGAGAAACUGGCCCAGAAGGACUCAAGGGUGAAAAGGGCGAAGCUGGACUUGAUGGACAAAAUGGCAUUCCUGGCCUUCAAGGACCACCUGGUGCUGACGGACUACGUGGCGAAGACGGUCUACCUGGCAUUCCUGGUAUCGAUGGUAUCUCUGUCAAGGGCGCCACUGGUGCUAAGGGUGAACGUGGUGAGCCCGGUCCACCUGGUAUUGCUGCUGAAGUCGGCGAACUUGUUUCUGUUCCUGGACCAAAAGGAGAAAAGGGUGCUGCUGGAGAGCCCGGUGAAUCAAUCGUUGGUCCUCCUGGACGAAACGGUGAACAGGGAGAACAAGGACCUGCUGGUCAAAUGGGUAUGCCUGGCAGACCAGGACGACCUGGCGAAGAUGGUCAACCUGGUGCUCCUGGACCAAUGGGACCUCCUGGACCCGCUGCUGCCGUUGUUGCUGGUGAACCAGUUGUUGGACCUCAGGGGCCUCCCGGAAAGGACGGUCUUCCUGGACGACAUGGAAUGGACGGCAAAGACGGGCAGCAAGGUCCUCCUGGUGAACGUGGUCCACGUGGUUACGAAGGUCCUCCCGGUCAGCACGGUCCUCCUGGACCUGAGGGCACUUGCACAACUACUGAAUGCUCUUGCUCGGCUAAAUACGACACCGUACCAGAAAUGAAUGACAAAUUCUUCGACCACGAAGACGGUGACAUGGCCUUUGUUCAUCGCGAACAAGAAACCUUCAUCAAGACCUCAAAUGGCUGGCGACCUAUUCUUAUGGGACCAGCCAUUCCACUUCCGAGCCAGAAUAGCUACAAAAAACCAACUCCAUCAACUACUCAUUCAACAACUCGAGAAGCAACAACUCGAAAAACAACGACUACGACUACAACUAGAGCAACCACUACUCGUCGAACUACCACCACUGAGCGUGCUGAAAUCAAACGAACAGAAAGGCCAACAUACAAGCCAGUUCCCGCUCCAACUACAACAUCCACCACACAAAAAUCUACCUCAAGAAAUGACUUUGCGCCAAUCGCCGCACGAAGAGACUGUACUGGAAAGAGAAUCAGACUUGUCGCUCUUGAUGUGCCAAUGUCCGGCCUUACUCACGGUGUCCGAGGAUUGGACCAUCGAUGUUACAAUGCCGCACGAUCCAGCCGCCUCCGAGGCACCUUCCGUGGCUUCGUCUCCGCCGUCGUCCAAGACAUCAACACCAUCGUUCGUCGAAGCGAACGAUAUGACUAUCCAAUUUGCAACUCAAAGGAUGAAUUGCUCUUCAACUCCUGGAGCGAACUUUUCUCCGAAGAAAGCAACAUGGGAGCCCUUUACGGCAAAUCGAUCUAUUCAUUCUCAGGACGAGACGUUCUCACUGACCGUCGAUGGCCCAACAAGUCUAUCUGGACCGGCUCGACCCCUGACGGUCGACGAAACCCAUCAAAGUACUGUGACGGCUGGCGAUCGGCUAAUUCUAACAACGUUGGCCUUUCUAGUAACCUCAGAAAUGGUCUCCUGAACCAGCAAGUCUCAAAAUGCUCCGAGCGCAAGGUCAUCCUCUGCGUGGAAAACGCCGCGUCGGAUUCUGGCCACUAG